CCCCCUCGGUCCGGUGCUCGGGGAGGCGCGGGCCGCGUCCGGGUGCGCACCUGCCCCGCCUCCUCCAGGCGGGCCGCGGGGCAUGCAGCCGGUCGGGGGCGGGGCUCCGAGGCCGGGACCCGGCCACCGGCUCUCGGGCAGCCUCCGCCAGCUGGACCCCGCCGCUCUCCUGAUGCUGCUCCUGGACGCCGACCGGCCGGAGCCCGUGCGCAGCGGGGCGCGCGAGCUCGCGCUCUUCCUGACCCCCGAGCCCGCGGCCGAGGCGAAGGAGGUGGAGGAGACCAUCGAGGGGAUGCUCCUCAGGCUGGAAGAGUUUUGCAGCCUGACCGACAUGAUCAGGAGCGACACUUCACAGAUCUUGGAGGAAAACAUCCCACUCCUUAAGGCCAAAGUGACAGAAAUGCGUGGCAUCUAUGCCAAAGUGGACCAGCUAGAGGCCUUCGUCAAGAUGGUUGGGCACCACGUCUCCUUCCUGGAGGCCCACGUGCUUCAGGCCGAGCGGGACCACGGGGCCUUCUCGCAGGCUCUGCGGAGGUGGCUGGGCUCCUCGGGGCUGCCCUCCUUCAGGAAUCAGGAUCCCACCUGGGUGUGGCUGGGCAUGCCGGAACCUGCACCCCCUCAUCUCUACCAGACUCGGGGGGGCCCCAGGCCUGCCUGUGGUGACCUGUUCCAGGAAGUGCAUCCCAGCCAGCCGUGAUGAGGAAACUGAGGCACCAAAGAGUCGAAUUGCUUGUUCACCCGGAAGGUGGUGAAGCUGGGAUUCAGAUCUGUGAGGCCUGGGCCCAGGGCCGCUACGCUGCACCUCUUGGGUCACCACUUGGCCCCGCGCCCUUUCUGUGCCCCGCUCUGCCGCUGUAACCUCCAUCUGGGGGGUGGGGGUUCUCCUAGAGCGUCAGGAUGGAUUCCCCCAAAGCCAGUCAGCUGGGCUUAAGCCCGUUCCCCUCAGUGUCUGUCUCAGGUGCACACUUCCCUCAGUGAGUCUACAAGAGGCCUCCCUCCUCCCCAGUGUGAGGCCGCCCCCGCCAGCCCCAAAUUCCAUCUCCCGCCCUCACCCGCCCUCCUCAUGACUCUGAGGGCCCCCGAGGGUCCCCGAGGGCCCCGUGGAGUGAAGAGUGGGGCAGAGGUAUUUGGGUCUCACUUGGCCCCGUGGAAAUGCUGACAUGGGGUCCUUUCCCUGUGGGGUGAGCCUCCUACCCCCCCUGAAAGCCCAGCACCCAUCACUGCCCCCCAUGACCCUUCCGGAGUCAAGGAGGGAUGGCGACCGCCCCCCAUGGGGCCCAGGAGGGAGGGCCCUCUGCUUUCAGCCUGGAGCUGGGCAGGGGCCUUUGGGGGUGUGUUUCCCACCCUUCCUGCCAUUCCAUUAGCUAGAGCAGGAUUCCUGGGGAGGGCAGGGGGGCACGGAGAGAAAACCGGUCUUUGUUUUUAUUAACUUGGCCAGCCCCACCUGCCCUCCGUCCUGCCCUCCUCCCACUCUCUCCUUCCUCGGUUUGCGUGUGUGGGGGGAGGCCCGACGAGGGUGCAGGGCAGCCGGGCUGGGGUCUCCCAGCGCGUCGGGAGCAGGGCCAGGAAACAGUCCCCCCACCCCUGUGCCCAGCACCAGGGGCCUAGACCUGCCCCCUGCCCGUGUGACUUGUUGCUGGCUCUGCCGGGGCUGGCCGAGGGCGCCCGGGUGUGCCAGCCUGCGGGUACCACCUCCAUCACGAGCCCCUGAACCCCAGGCCUUUUACCUCUGACCCAAGCUGCCCGGGGGGUGGUGCAGGCAGUCCGUCCACAGACUGAGGGGAGGGCUGACUGGUGCCCCGGGCCUUCCGUGCCCAGGUACAAAAACGUACACGGUCCGUGCUCCGAUUUUAAUGCUAAUGCACGUGUUUCUGUGGUCCACGGUCCUUCUCUUCAUCCUGCGCUACGUGAACGUUUUCCAUUAGACCUUUGCGUGGAUUCUUACAGCGUUCCGAGA